CUAUUACUACUAGUAAUGCCGGUUGUAUGUGAAACUGUGAAAGUAGAUUGCUCAAGUUAGCCGGAACAGCUCCAGUUGUGAGGUAGCUUAGGCUCAGAUAUCUGAUUUUCCUCUGUAAUCUUGCCUAGAUUUGUGUAUGGUAUAAAAUCAUGAAUGAUCCUCAUAAUCGAAGUCGUGUUCCCAGAGGUGAUGAUGAUGAUGAUGAUGAAGAUCCAGUGGAGAAAAUGAUAAGCAAGACUGGAUGCCUGGAAAAACAUUAUGCAAUUCAGUUUUGUAUGGCAGAUCAUAAAGAUUGGCGCAAAUGUCAGAGUGAGGUUAAAGAUUUCCAAUCCUGUAUUCAAGAUUACAAUAGAAGAAAGAAAGAUGAAAACUGAUACAGUAGUAUGAUUUCCAUCUACAUUCCAUACUACGUUAUUUAAAGACUUUAUACAAAUCACCUCUUUGGUAGUUGAAUCUUCAGCUUUAGAGUACAGUAGUCAUUGGAGUGUAUUACAUUUUUAUUCCAAUUCAUAACCCUCAAAAUAUUGUAGAGGGCCUGUAAAGCAAUGGAUUCUAACAAGAAAUCUGCUGAUGCAUCAAGUAUUAUGAACAUUACAUUAAUGGCAACCUGCUUCCUAGCGGGUAUAUAUGUUGGUCGCAAGCUGAGUAAUACUGUCAGGAGAGUGUCAUCUUUAAUAUCAGUUGGCCCAAGCAAAUUGGCUCUGGUUGUCCGAAGUGAUCUAAAAAUGGGUCGAGGAAAAAUUGCUUCUCAGUGUUGCCAUGGAACUAUUGCAGCGUAUUUAAAGAUGCAAGAAAACAACCCCAAACUCUUGCAAGCAUGGUUAGAUUCUGGGCAGCCAAAAGUAGUGUUAAAAGCAGCUGACUUGAAUCAACUUCAUGAGUUAUCAAAGAUUUGGCAGGAAAAUCUACACUGGAUGAUUAUUGGGAACAUCUUAAUGAAUUUCAGAGUAGGUCUUUCUCGUUUUAUGUUCAGCUGCAUGGAAUUUAUUCUGCAAUUUUUUUUCUUUUUUUACUUCCAAGUCGCUUGCAUAUCUUUCUUGCACUCAUUCAGGAUGCAGGCAGAAACUCAGAUUGCACAAGGCUCUGAAACUGUAUUAGCAGUAGGUCCUGGGACUGUGAAAGAUGUAGAUAAAGUUACAGGAAAACUCCAAUUAUUGUAAUGCAUUAUCUUGUUAAAUACAUAUUUUUAAGUCUCUCAGGUCAUGUGCACACAUGGUAAACAAUUUGUAUUUAAAUAAAAAUUAAAACUACAAA